AUGGGUGAUUAUUUUAAGAAAAUUGAUUUUUUCAUAAGGAAAUAAAAUUUUUAAAAGAGUUUAAGAAAGCUAGAAAAAUUAUAAAAUAUAUUGAAUGCGAAAUUAAAUAACCCUGAGGAAUACUUAGAAAAUGAAUUAGUAUUAUUUUUAAUAUAUGAGAUUCUUUAAAGUAAUAUUUAUGAGAGAUAUGCUCAAAUUUUCAUAGACAUAAAUUAAGUUUAUCGAGCCAUGCAAUAUUUGAUAAAAAUGAUUAAAAUAGAAAAAGAACUUUUCAAAACUUAAUGUGACAAAGAAAGCAUCUUAAGAUUAUGCAAUUCUUAUUCAAAAAUUGGUAAUAAUAGAUAAUAUUUAAAGGAAGAUGUUGUUUUUAUUGUUGUUACUAUGAGUAAACCUUCAAAUAUCUUGAUUAUGCAUACUAAUUAUUGAUUAAGAAUAAUUUACAAUAAACUGGAGUAUAUGCUAUGACAUUAACAUAAUUGGGAAAUUAUUAUAGAUUUAUGUUCCAAGAUGAUUUGGCAGAAUAAAUGCUUUUUGAAAGUUUAAAAAUUCGAGAAGAAUUAUAUACUAAAUAAUCAAUUGUAUUUCUUAUCAUCAUUUUAGGAAGUAGCUGAUUCAUUACAUGGAUUAUCACAGUUAUUUUCAGAUGAAGGAAAAAUUGAUGAAGCAAUGAAAUCUAUUACUGAAGCUAUUACAAUAUGGACAGAAGUCUUAGGUUAUUAACAUAUAAAAACUGCUAAAUCAAUUUAUUUAAAAGGUAAUCUCUAUUUAAGAAUGAAAAAUAAUCAAGAAAGUAUGAUUGUUUUAUAAAUUUAAGAUUUAUCAUCUGCUGAAAAACUAAUUACUGAAAGCUUGCAAAUUAAUUUAAAAAUUAUGGGAGAAUUUUCUUAGGAUAUUGCUGAUUGUUAUCAUUCAUUAGGAAAAAUUAAAGCUUAUAACUUAAAUUCCAAUGAAUUUGAAUAAUAUUUCUAAAAAUCCUAGGAUAUUCUAAAAGCUUUGUAUGGUUAAAGUCAUGCAAGUAUCGCAAUUAUUCUAAAUAAUUUUGGAAGAUCUUAUUUUGAAAGAAAGUAAUAUGAAGAAGCUGUCAAUUGCUUUGAAGAAUCAAUUUAAAUAUAUACAACUAUUUGUGGCAAAAUGCAUGGUAAUUUAGCUAUUACCCUUAAAAAUUGUGCAGAUUGUCAUAAAGAACUAGGUCGAUAUAAAUAGGCUUACAUUGAUUAUUAAAAGUCAUUAGAAAUUUAUUAGGUAUUUUUAAUUUUUAAAUAGAAAACAUAAAUAAACUCUUCAUAGGCUAAUUAAAUCUAAAAUUUAAUGUCCUAAAUCUUAGAUAAGUACUUAGAGGACUGA